AUGGUCAGCUCGUCUGCUUUGGAUACAAUGCUCAUGGGCAGUGUGACGUCCCAGCAGAUUUGGGACCAGUUUUGGCGAUCUCAGCGGGCGGUGGCCAGACUUGUGCAAUGCGGACAGAUGGUCAGCUCGUCUGCUUUGGAGACAAUGGUUAUGGGCAGUGUGAUGUCCCAGCAGAUUUGGGAUCAGCUUCGGCGAUCUCAGCGAGCCAUUCGCAUACUUGUGCAAUACGGGCAGAUGGUCAGCUCGUCUGCUUUGGAUACAAUGCUUAUGGGCAGUGUGAUGUCCCAGCAGAUUUGGGACCAGUUUUAG